UGGGUCCUCUGCGGACCCCAAAGAUAAUUUAUUCUGAGUUCAGCCUUGAGGCCGUCCCGGGACUGAGCGCCCCGGCUUUGCCCCUUCAGGGCACCUGCAGCUCAACGCGGCGCGCCGGGCCAGGUGUGAGAAGGCUGCGCGGGCGCGGGCCGCCGGGUAGGACGCGAUGGGCGGGCCCUGCGGCCUUGCUCGAAUCCGCGUGCUGGCCCCCGGGGGCGGGGCAGAGGCGGGAAGGGGCGGGGCUCCGCCCCUCGUUGACGUUGCGCGGCUGGAGGCGCCAGCGGGGUCGCUAGUCGGCGGGAGCGCGAGAGUCGGGCCCCAGCGGUUGGCAGCGCGCGGUGGGGAGGUUGAGACGGAGGAAGCUACGAUCGCCCUGCAGUGACGGUUACCACUGGGCGCCGCGGACGGUGUCCUGUGGCCGCCUCGUCGGCCUUGGUGUCCGGGCUGUGGCACCUCGCGGGGACUCCCCGCGCCCGGUUGGCCAACGUUAGGCGUGGGGUCGAGCCCGCCGCCAGCCCCCCAGCAUGCGCACCUCGUACACCGUGACCCUGCCCGAGGAGCCCCCCGCCGCCCCAUUUCCCACCCUCGCCAAGGAGCUCCGGCCGCGCUCCCCUCUCUCCCCGUCCCUGCUGCUCUCCACCUUCGUGGGGCUUCUGCUCAACAAAGCCAAGAAUUCUAAGAGUGCCCAGGGUCUGGCUGGUCUUCGAAACCUUGGGAACACGGUGAUGUUCAUGAACUCAAUUCUGCAGUGCCUGAGCAACACACGGGAGUUGAGAGAUUAUUGCCUCCAGAGGCUCUACAUGCGGGACCUCAGCCACACCAGCAACGCACACACCGCCCUCAUGGAAGAGUUUGCGAAACUAAUCCAGACCAUAUGGACUUCAUCGCCCAAUGAUGUGGUGAGCCCGUCUGAGUUCAAAACCCAGAUCCAGAGAUACGCACCACGCUUUGUCGGCUAUAACCAACAGGAUGCUCAAGAGUUCCUUCGCUUUCUUCUGGAUGGUCUCCACAAUGAGGUGAAUCGAGUAACAGUGAGGCCUAAGUCCAACCCUGAGAACCUCGAUCAUCUCCCUGAUGAUGAAAAAGGGCGACAGAUGUGGAGAAAAUAUCUAGAGCGGGAAGACAGUCGGAUUGGAGAUCUCUUUGUUGGGCAGCUAAAGAGCUCCCUGACGUGCACAGACUGUGGCUACUGUUCUACGGUCUUUGAUCCCUUCUGGGACCUCUCACUGCCCAUUGCUAAGCGAGGUUAUCCUGAGGUGACGUUAAUGGACUGCAUGAGGCUCUUCACCAAAGAGGAUGUGCUUGAUGGCGAUGAAAAGCCGACAUGUUGUCGCUGCCGAGCCAGAAAGCGAUGUAUAAAGAAGUUCUCCAUCCAGAGGUUCCCAAAAAUCUUGGUGCUCCACCUGAAGCGAUUCUCAGAAUCCAGGAUACGAACCAGCAAGCUUACAACAUUUGUAAAUUUCCCACUAAGAGACCUGGACUUGAGAGAAUUUGCCUCAGAAAACACCAACCAUGCUGUUUACAACCUAUAUGCUGUGUCCAAUCACUCCGGAACCACCAUGGGUGGCCAUUAUACAGCCUACUGCCGAAGUCCAGUGACGGGCGAAUGGCACACUUUCAAUGACUCCAGUGUCACACCUAUGUCCUCCAGCCAAGUGCGCACCAGCGACGCCUAUUUGCUCUUCUAUGAACUGGCCAGUCCACCCUCCCGUAUGUAGCAGUGAGGGCUACAUCCCUUUCCCCUCCCUGUGGUGGCCCCACACCCUAGGUUUUUUAAAAAGACAAAAAAA